AUGCCUAUCACCCAUCGCCACCACGACGACGUCGUGCAACCCUACAACAUCAUCCCCCUCAACACCCCUAUCACUGAUCACCCUUCCCUCCGCUUCCCGGAGGUCCGCGCCGCCGCCGCAGCCCUCCGCUCCGUCAGCGACCUCCGCCUCCCCCCGCGAUGGCAGCCGGAUAUGGACCUCCUGGACUGGCUUGCCCUCUUCUUCGGCUUCCAAAACGACAACGUCCGCAACCAGCGCGAGCACCUCCUCCUCCACCUCGCCAACGCCCAGAUGCGCCUCUCUCCUCCCCCGGAAACACUCGAUCCCUCCCUCCUCCGCUCCUUCCGUUCCAAACUCCUCCGCAACUACACCUCCUGGUGCUCCCACCUCACCGUCAAACCUGCCGUCCACCUCUCCAACCGCCGCUCCGAGAACUCCUCCUCCGAGCAACGACGCGAACUUCUCUACGUCGCCCUCUACCUCCUCGUCUGGGGGGAGGCCGCCAACCUCCGCUUCCUCCCCGAAUGCCUCUCCUACAUCUUUCACCACAUGGCCAUGGACCUGAACAAAAUCCUACAACAUCAUGAUGACGAUAACAACCUUCAUCAACCCUCACUUUGCGAGGAAAGCUUCCUCGACCGCGUGGUGCAACCGAUUUACCGAACCCUACUCUCCGAGGUUGAGAGUAGUAGGAACGGAACCGUGCCUCACUCUAAGUGGAGAAACUACGAUGACAUAAACGAGUUUUUCUGGAGCAAACGUUGCUUUGAGAAGCUCAGGUGGCCUAUUGACAUUGGGAGUGGUUUCUUCGACAAGGGCUUUGGGAAGACUGGGUUUGUGGAACGACGGUCGUUUUGGAACUUGUUUAGGAGUUUCCAUAGGCUUUGGGUUAUGCUGGUGUUGUUCCUUCAUGCUGCUCUGAUUGUUGCGUGGGAGGAUAAAGCUUAUCCUUGGCAUGCAUUAGAGGAUCGUGAUGUGCAGGUUCGGGUUUUAACCGUUUUCUUCACGUGGAGUGCGCUCAGGUUUCUGCAGUCUUUGCUUGAUAUAGUCAUGCAAUGCAGGUUGGUCUCCGUGGAGACAAUUGGACUCGGAGUAAGGAUGGUGCUGAAAACCGUGGUUGCCGCAGCAUGGUUCAUUGUGUUUUUCGUGUUUUAUGGGAAAUUAUGGGAGCAGAGGAACCGCGAUAGAAAUUGGUCUGUUGAAGCAAACAAGCGGCUGAUGACUUUUCUUGAGGUUGCUUUUGUUUUCGUGGUUCCGGAGCUCUUGACUUUGGUCCUUCUUAUUCUUCCUUGGGUUAGGAAUUUUAUUGAGAAUAAGGAUUGGAGGGUAUUUUACUUGUUGUCGUGGUGGUUUCAAAGUAGAGCAUUCGUUGGUCGUGGAUUGAAUGAAGGUCUUAUGGACAACAUUAAGUACACCUUGUUCUGGGUUGUGGUCCUGACCUCGAAGUUUUGUUUCAGCUACUUUUUGCAGAUUAGGCCAAUGGUUGCUCCAUCGAAGGCGGUUUUGGACCUUAAGGAUGUCAAUUACCGGUGGCAUGAGUUUUUUCUGAACGGUAAUGGGUUUGCUCUCGGGAUACUGUGGCUUCCGGUUGUUUUGAUUUAUCUGAUGGAUAUUCAGAUAUGGUAUUCAAUAUAUUCAUCUUUUGUUGGGGCGAGUGUGGGGUUGCUUGCACACUUGGGUGAGAUACGGAGCAUGCAGCAGCUGAAGUUGAGGUUUCAGUUUUUCGCUAGUGCAGUUUUGUUUAAUCUAAUGCCAGAGGAGCAGUUGUUGAAUGCAAGGAGAACCUUGAGUAGCGAAGUUAAGAAUUCGAUUCAUAUGAUGAAGCUAAGGUACGGGUUUGGUCAGCCCUAUAUGAAGCUUGAGUCUAACCAGAGUGAGGCUAACAAGUUCGCAUUGAUAUGGAAUGAGGUAAUUAUGUGUUUUAGGGAGGAGGAUAUCAUAUCUGACCGGGAGGUUGAGCUUCUGGAACUGCCAAAGAACUCUUGGAACGUAAGGGUUAUUCGUUGGCCAUGUUUUCUUCUCUGCAAUGAGUUGCUGCUGGCGCUCAGCCAGGCCAAAGAGUUAGUUGAGGCUUCUGAUAAGAGGCUUUGGCUGAAGAUGUGCAAGUAUGAGUUUAGGCGAUGUGCUGUCAUUGAAACAUAUGACUGCAUCAAGCACUUGCUGUUUCAGAUUAUCAAACCUAAUACCGAUGAGAAUUCCAUAGUGAUGGUUCUAUUUCAAGAAAUUGACCACUCUGUCGAGAUUGGGAAAUUCACUGAAGUAUUCAAAACCACUGCACUUCCCCAGCUCCAUAACAAGUUGGUAAAAUUAGUGGAGUUAUUGAACAAGAAACAAAUGGAUUCUAGGCAAAUGGUUAACACCCUUCAGGCCCUUUAUGAGAUUGUUGUCAGAGACUUUUUCAAGGAGAAAAGGAAUAUUGAACAACUUAGGGAGGACGGUUUGGCUCCACAAAAUCCAGCCUCUUCUGAAGUUCUACUUUUCGAGAAUGCCAUUCAGUUGCCUGAGACUAUCAACGAGAACUUCCAUAGACAGAUUCGGCGCUUGCUUACUAUUCUUACAUCGAGAGAUUCAAUGCAAAACGUCCCAGUUAAUCUUGAAGCCAGACGAAGGAUUGCUUUCUUCACUAAUUCACUUUUUAUGAAGAUGCCCCAUGCCCCCCAAGUUGAGAAAAUGAUGGCUUUCAGUGUUCUAACACCUUACUAUAGUGAAGAAGUAGUUUACAGUAAAGAACAGCUAAGAGUUGGGAAUGAAGAUGGGAUAUCAACCCUGUACUAUUUGCAGACUAUAUAUGAUGAUGAGUGGAAGAAUUUUAUGGAGAGGAUGAGGAGGGAGGGGAUGAAGAAUGAAAGUGAUAUAUGGACUCAUAAACUUGAGGAUUUGAGGUCCUGGGCAUCCUAUAGAGGCCAGACCCUAUCAAGGACUGUUAGAGGAAUGAUGUACUACUAUAAGGCCCUCAAGCUUUUGGCAUUUCUGGAUUCUGCAUCAGAAGUAGAGAUUCGAGAAGGGACACGUGAACUAGUUCAACUGAAUCAAGACAACUCAGAUGAUUUUAGAUCCGACAAGUCACCACCUUCCCCUACAAGUUUAAGUAGAGAAGACAGUUCAGCAAGAUUGUUAUUCAAAGGCCAUGACUAUGGAACUGCAUCAAUGAAAUUCACAUAUGUGAUUGCUUGCCAGAUAUAUGGAGCUCAGAAGGAAAGAAAGGACCCCCAUGCAGAUGGAAUUUUGUAUCUGAUGAAAAACAAUGAAUCACUUCGAGUUGCUUAUGUUGAUGAGGUUCCCACUGGUAGGGGUGAGAAGGAGUAUUAUUCUGUUCUUGUUAAGUAUGACCAACAAUUGGACAAGGAAGUAGAAAUUUACCGUGUGAAGUUGCCAGGUCCCAUAAAACUCGGAGAAGGAAAGCCAGAGAAUCAAAACCACGCCAUAAUCUUCACUCGCGGGGAUGCAGUUCAGACCAUUGAUAUGAACCAGGAUAACUACUUCGAGGAGGCACUUAAAAUGCGGAAUCUCUUGGAAGAAUACAGGUAUUACUAUGGUAUCAGGAAACCCACUAUUUUGGGAGUAAGGGAACACAUUUUUACUGCCUCUGUUUCCUCUCUUGCAUGGUUCAUGUCAGCUCAGGAAACGAGUUUUGUCACCUUGGGACAGAGGGUUUUGGCAAACCCUCUGAAAGUUCGAAUGCAUUAUGGCCACCCUGAUGUGUUUGACAGGUUUUGGUUCAUAACUAGAGGUGGUAUUAGCAAAGCCUCAAGAGUGAUCAACAUAAGCGAGGACAUCUUUGCAGGCUUUAACUGUACACUUCGUGGGGGUAAUGUCACCCAUCAUGAAUACAUUCAGGUUGGAAAGGGAAGGGAUGUUGGUUUGAACCAAGUAUCAAUGUUUGAAGCAAAGGUUGCUAGUGGAAAUGGGGAACAAGUCCUAAGCAGAGAUGUGUAUAGGUUGGGUCACAGACUAGAUUUCUUGCGAAUGUUGUCAUUCUUCUACACUACAGUAGGGUUCUUUUUCAAUACAAUGAUGGUGGUCCUUACAGUAUAUGCAUUUUUGUGGGGCAGAUUAGUGCUUGCUCUCAGUGGUAUUGAAGCUGCUAUGUUAAACAACACCAACAAUAAUAAAGCACUUGGUAUUAUUUUGAAUCAGCAGUUCUUAGUCCAAAUUGGACUUUUCACUGCCCUUCCAAUGAUUGUGGAGAAUUCCCUUGAACAAGGGUUCCUUCAAGCUGUUUGGGAUUUCUUGACCAUGCAGCUCCAACUUUCAUCAGUUUUUUACACGUUCUCUAUGGGCACGCGUAGCCAUUUCUUUGGAAGAACUAUCCUGCAUGGUGGGGCAAAAUACCGAGCCACGGGUCGUGGUUUUGUCGUGGAGCACAAGAGUUUUGCCGAAAACUAUAGACUCUAUGCUCGCAGCCAUUUUGUGAAAGCGAUUGAACUGGGGCUAAUACUAAUAGUUUAUGCAUCACAAAGUACUGUCGCAACUGACACAUUUGUUUACAUAGGCAUGACCUUCUGUAGUUGGUUCUUAGUUGCAUCAUGGAUUAUGACACCGUUUGUGUUCAAUCCUUCUGGCUUUGACUGGUUGAAAACUGUGUAUGAUUUUGACGACUUUAUGAACUGGAUUUGGUACCGUCAAAGGGUGUUCGCUAAAGCUGAACAGAGCUGGGAAAAAUGGUGGUACGAAGAACAGGAUCAUCUACAGCUAACUGGCAUUUGGGGAAAGCUUUUGGAGAUAAUUUUAGACCUUCGUUUCUUCAUAUUUCAGUACGGUAUUGUCUACCGGCUAGGCAUAGCUGCUGGAAGUACCAGCAUUGCUGUUUACUUUCUAUCUUGGAUUUAUGUGUUUAUUGUGUUUGGGAUCUAUGUGGUGGUUGCUUAUGCCCGGAAUGAAUUUGAAUCAAAGCACCACAUUUAUUAUCGGUUGGUCCAGUCCAUGGUCCUAGUUCUUGCCAUACUUGUGAUAGCUGGGUUAAUGGAAUUCACUGACUUCAAAUUCAUGGACAUUUUUACUAGCUUGGUGGCAUUCAUUCCCACAGGCUGGGGCAUCAUACUGAUUGCUCAAGUAUUCAGGCCGGUUUUGCAGUGCACCAUAGUUUGGAAUGUUGUUGUUUCCUUGGCUCGUUUGUAUGAUAUAUUAUUUGGGAUCAUUGUUAUGGCUCCUGUGGCUCUACUAUCGUGGUUGCCUGGGUUUCAGCCCAUGCAAACUAGAAUUCUCUUCAAGGAAGCAUUCAGUAGGGGCCUUCGGAUAUUCCAGAUAGUUACUGGAAAAAAGUCAUCCGGUAAUUGUGACUAG